AUGACGAAUAACGCCGACAAGUACGGGAGGGACACCGUGCAGGCAGCAGAAGCUGCCCACGCCCAAGCCGUUGUCAAUGCCGCUACGGAAAAGUUGGAAGACGAUCAGCUCGAGGAGGCCUCGCCCACACCCGAUGAGGUUAUCGAGCUCACCGAGGACAUGUGCUACGACAAACUGGGAUACUCCUUUACUGAAAGAAAGAAGUGGAUCAUCAUUGCCGUGAUCUUCCUCGUUCAGACAUCCAUGAACUUCAAUACAUCGCUCUAUUCGAACGCCGCCACUGGAAUCUCAGAGGAGUUCGGUGUCUCCAUGCAAGCUGCCCGUUGUGGUGCCAUGAUCUUCUUGGUUCUUUAUGCUUUUGGCUGUGAACUCUGGGCCCCCUGGAGUGAGGAGCUGGGUCGCAAGCCCAUUCUCCAGGCAUCUCUCUUCUUUGUCAACAUCUUUCAGCUCCCCGUGGCUCUGGCCCCCAACUUCGCCUCCAUCAUGGUCGGUCGUGCCCUCGGCGGUCUCUCGUCCGCUGGUGGCUCGGUUACCCUGGGAAUGAUUGCUGAUCUGUGGGAACCCGAUGAUCAACAAUACGCCGUGGCCGCCGUCGUCUUCUCGUCCGUUGGCGGAUCUGUGCUUGGUCCAGUGGUGGGUGGCUUCGUCGAGGCGUUCCUACCGUGGCGGUGGAAUAUCUGGAUUCAGUUGAUCUUCGGUGGUUUCGUCCAAGUGGCCCACUUCCUGUUCGUCCCGGAAACCAGAACUACUGUCAUGAUGGAUCGGAUUGCCAAGAACAUGCGCAAGUCCGGCGAAAACCCCAACAUUUACGGUCCUACCGAGGGCAUGUCGUUCCGCCAGCGUUUCCCGCCCCGUGAAAUUUUGGCUACCUGGAUUCGUCCCUUCAAGAUGUUCCUGACUGAGCCCAUUGUAUUGGUGCUUUCUCUGCUGAGUGGUUUCAGCGAUGCCCUUAUCUUCAUGUUCAUCCAAUCGCUCUCUCUUGUGUACGGCCAGUGGGGCUUCAACACCUGGGAGAAGGGUCUGGCCUUCAUCCCAAUUUUGGUUGGCUACUUCAUCGCUUGGUUCUCCUUCUUCCCGGUCAUCACACGCAACGUCAAAGAGCGCCGCGACCAUCCCGAGAGCGAACGGGCACAGUAUGAGUCUCGUCUGUGGUGGCUGCUUUACACCGUCCCCUGUCUACCAAUCGGUCUGAUCGGAUUCGCUUGGACCAGUUUGCCUCAGUGCCACUGGAUUGGAUCGAUGAUCUUCGCUGCCAUCAUUGGUAUUGCCAAUUAUGCUAUUUAUAUGGCCACAAUUGACUACAUGAUCUGCGCCUACGGACCAUACUCUGCCUCUGCAACCGGUGGUAAUGGUUGGUCGCGUGACUUCCUUGCUGGUGUUCUCACCAUUCCGGCCACGCCGUUCUUCACGAAUAUCGGUGGCGAGCGCCAUCUUGAAUACGCCUCGACUAUUCUCUUCUGUAUCUCCGUACCACUUGUCGUUGCGGUCUAUAUCAUCUACUGGAAGGGCCCGACAUUGCGCAAGCGCUCUCCAUUCGCCCAGCAGCUAGAGGAUGCUCGACACCAAAUGCAGGUGCAGAGCCGACGAGGGUCCAAGAUCCCUCCGGCAUCACGCGCCAGUUCUUAUGCUCGCUCUCAACAAGAUCUUCGCAUCCGCCCAACAAUGGGUAGCCGAGGCAACUCCCGGGUCAAUUCUCAAGUGAAUUCCCGUGCCAACUCUCGCGCCAAUUCGCGCCGCAACAGCAUCAACCUCAAUUCUUGA